AUGGCCAGCAAGAAGAAAGUCACCCAGGCAGAACUGGAGUCGGAGUUGGAAGACAGCAUCGAAUGCCUGCGACAGCUGGGUAUAGUGCUGGAGAACUACGGGGGACCCCAGCACGAAGCCAACUACUUCGAUCGGAUCAACGAACUUGUCGACCAUCUCAAGAAGAUUCACUCUAUGAAGGACGCGGUGCAGGAGACCGUUCCACUAAGUGUGAUAGAAGACUAUCUGGACAAGGGCCUGACCCCCGAGCUCUACACCAAGCACAGGCUCAAGGUGGCGGAGGCGUACAACCAGCAGGCCAAGGGGAGAAUUGACUCGCUCAAGCUGCUCCAUGACCAUGUCAGGAGCGAGGUCAAACGAAGGCUCGGGCCCUCGCCAGAGAUCAAGUUCUCUGCUGCUGGUGGGGGAGGAGAUGCACAGGCCGCCUCCAAGGAAGCGGAGGGGAAACAAGGAGGAGGGAAUGAGGAGGAAUCGAAGAUCAACGAGGGGGCUGGAAGUGGGGAGGGGCAUGAGAACGCUGGCGAGGGAAGGGGGAGGACAGAUGCAGCGGAGGAGAAGGGAGGAGGAGGAGGAGACCAGGAGAACACAUCUCAGCCCAUGCAGGAGGAUGUGCAGCAGGAAGCAGGGACGAGCGGGGUGGAUGUGAAGAAGGAGGCUGAGGGCGGUGAGGCUCCAGUUGGGGGUGGAGCAGGAGCAGAACCUGCGGCGCAGGUGAAGGUCAAGGCAGAGCCUGGGACAGAGGAGGCGAUGGAUGUUGAUCCUUCGGGAGAUCAGUGA